UGCAUUAGAAGACUCCAUAUGUUAGCAGAUCUAAAAUCAAGGCAUGACUUAACAGCUUAUCUCAUAAGAGAGGAGCCCAACCCAAAGGCAGAUUGCUAGUCAGGACUCUCCUGCAAGCAGCACGGCGGUGUGUUCGCAGCCCUGCAGUGAACGCCACUGCUGAGUCCAGAAAGUCACUUCUCUGCUUUCCCUCUGAAGCACAAGCUAUACACGUCACAGAUCUGUGCUCCAAGGCCUGGAUUUUGCUCUGGAAACCUGUCCUGCCCGCGUCUGUAAUCUGGCGCUAUGCAUCCGGAUCCUGGCCCCUUACAGACACUGCUGCAUGUUGUUCUUUUGGCCCUGUGCUCUUCUGUGAGUUCAGACUUGGCACCUUAUUUUAUUUCUGAGCCACUGUCCGCUGUCCAGAAACUUGGGGGACCUGUAGUUCUGCGUUGUUCUGCUAAACCCGUGACCGCGCAUAUCACAUGGUUGCAUAAUGGAAAAAGAUUGGCGAGAACCUUGGAGCAGAUUAAGAUUCAUCAGGGGACUUUGACUAUUCUUUCUCUCAACCCCUCCCUUUCGGGUUACUACCAGUGCAUCGCCAACAGCAGCGUCGGUGCAGUUGUGAGUGGCCCCGCCACAGUAUCCAUUGCAGUUCUUGGUGAUUUUGACUCAUCCACAAAGCAUGUUAUUACAGCAGAAGAAAAAAGUACUGGUUUCAUUGGCUGCAAGGUACCAGAUAGCAACCCCAGAGCUGAAGUGCGCUAUAAAAUCCGGGGGAAGUGGCUGAGGCAUUCUACAGAGAAAUACUUAAUCCUUCCAUCAGGGAAUCUUCAGAUUUUGAACGUAUCCAUAGAGGACAAGGGGUCAUAUAAAUGCGCAGCUUUUAAUCCUGUCACACAUGAAUUAAAAGUCGAACCCAUUGGCCGAAAGCUCCUUGUGAGUCGUGCUUCUUCAGAUGAUUCUCACAUUCUUCACCCCACCCUUUCCCAGGCACUGGCUGUGCUUUCUCAAAGCCCUGUCACCCUGGAGUGCGUGGUGAGUGGGGUCGCAGCAUCUCAAGUGCACUGGCUGAAGGACGGUCAGGACGCGGUGGCGGGGAGCAGCUGGAGGAGGCUGCGUUCUCACCUUGCCACGGAUAGCAUUGGCCCGGUGGAUGCUGGGAACUAUUCCUGUGUGGUGGGCAGCAAGUCUGGAGGCGUAAAACACGUCACUUACAUGGUUAAUGUACUUGAACAUGCUUCAAUUUCUAAAGGACUGCAGGACCAGACAGUGUCUCUGGGAGCCACAGUGCAGUUUACUUGUGAGGUUCGUGGGAACCCAUCUCCCAACCGUACCUGGUUUCAUAAUGCACAGCCUGUUCACCCUUCCCCACGGCAUCUACCUGCCGAGGAUGGACUGAAAAUCAGAGAUGUCACCAUGGAGGACUCUGGGCUGUAUCAGUGUGUAGCGGACAACGGGAUUGGAUUUAUGCAGUCCACUGGGAGACUUGAAAUUGAAAAAGCAGGCAGUGGACUCAAGCCUGUUAUAAUCACCGCACCAGCAAGUACAGAGGUGGUAGAUGGAGACUUCGUUACUUUGUCCUGCAAUGCCACGGGAGUGCCCGUUCCAGCCAUUCGUUGGUAUGACAGGCAUGGAUUGAUAACCAGCCACCCAUCUCAAGUCCUUCGAUCCAAAUCCCGAAAGCCACACUUACAAAGACCUGGAGGCUUUGACCCGGAGCCUGCCCACUUCGUCAUGUCCCGAGCUGGCUCCAGCUCGCUGUACGUCCAGGCUGUCACUCAGGAGCAUGCCGGGAAGUACACCUGCGAAGCCACGAAUGAGCAUGGCACCGCACAGUCCGAAGCUGUCCUCACAGUGGUUCCUUUCGAAACGAACACAAAAGCAGGAAUAUUCACAUCAUCUGAUGCCACUCAGAGUGGUAAGAGAGAUGGUUCAGAAACUGGACUCUUGGGUUCACUUCCAGUGAAGGAACAUUCCAGUGCAGUGGAAUCACCAUCGGAGAAAAGCACGAGUGGGGCCUCAGUCCCUGAUGCCCCCAUUAUCCUGAGCCCCCCUCAGACCCACACCCCAGACACAUACCACCUGGUCUGGAGGGCGGGGAAGGACGGCGGGCUGCCCAUCAAUGCCUAUUUUGUGAAGUAUCGAAAGCUGGACGAUGGUGUUGGCGUGGCGGGGAGCUGGCACACUGUUCGAGUCCCGGGGAGUGAAAAUGAGCUCCAUCUAACGGAGCUGGAGCCGUCGAGUCUCUAUGAAGUUUUGAUGGUCGCAAGGAGUGCAGCGGGUGAAGGACAGCCUGCCAUGCUCACCUUCCGAACCAGCAAAGAGAAAACAACCUCAUCGAAAAGCGCCCAGGCCUCCUCCCCUCCAGCGGGCGUUCCUAAGCGCCCUGUGGUUUCGGAGGCUGCCGACCACUUCGGAGUGGUCCUGACAGACUCCUCCAGGCACAGCGGAGUCCCGGAGGCCCCUGACCGGCCCACCAUCUCCACUGCCUCGGAGACGUCCGUCUACGUCACCUGGAUCCCUCGGGCCAACGGGGGUUCUCCAAUCACUGCCUUCAAGGUGGAAUAUAAACGCAUGAGGAGUAGCGAUUGGCUGGUGGCAGCUGAGGACAUCCCUCCUUCCAGGCUCUCUGUGGAAGUUCGUAGUUUAGAGCCAGGUUCAACAUACAAAUUUAGGGUCAUUGCUAUCAACCAUCAUGGGGAGAGUUUCCGGAGUUCGGCAUCUCGCCCUUACCAGGUGGCUGGGUUCCCCAAUCGUUACUCUAACCGACCAGUCGCCGGGCCUCACAUCGUGUACACAGAAGCUGUCAGUGAUACGCAGAUCAUGCUCAAGUGGACGUACAUUCCAUCAAUUAACAAUAACACUCCCAUUCAAGGAUUUUACAUUUAUUACCGGCCAACAGAUAGUGACAACGACAGUGAUUACAAGAGGGAUAUUGUAGAAGGUUCAAAGCAGUGGCACACAAUCGGGCAUCUGCAGCCAGAAACCUCCUAUGAUAUUAAAAUGCAGUGCUUCAACGAAGGGGGAGAGAGCGAGUUCAGUAACGUGAUGAUCUGUGAGACUAAAGUGAAGCGUGUUCCUGGAGCCUCCGAGUACCCCGUCAGGGACCUGAGCACCCCGCCCAGCUCUGCGGGAGGCGGAGGCAACGCCGGGCCUGCAGCCAGCCCGGCCCGAAGCAGCGACAUGCUCUACCUGGUGGUGGGCUGCGUGCUGGGCGUCAUGGUGCUGAUCCUCAUGGUCUUCAUCGCCAUGUGCCUGUGGAAGAACCGCCAGCAGAGCGCCACGCAGAAGUAUGACCCGCCAGGAUAUCUCUACCAGGGCUCGGAUAUUAAUGGGCAGAUGGUGGAGUACACCACCCUGCCUGGCAUAAACCGGAUAAAUGGGAAUGUUCACGGUAGCUUCGUAAGCAACGGGGGCCUCAGCAACGGCUGCUCCCACCUCCACCAUAAGGUCCCUACUGGAGUCAACGGAGUCAUGAAUGGGAGCCUCAAUGGAGGGCUUUACUCUGGGCACACGAGCUCUGUAGCCAGGACACGUGCGGAUUUCGAGCACCCUCGUCAUCUAGUGAAUGGCGGCGGAAUGUACGCAGCAGUCCCUCAGACGGACCCGGGGGAGUGCGUUACCUGUCGAAACUGCUGGAACAACAAUAGGGAACUGCCCUGGUUUUGCACAUUCUGGUUCAUGCAGAGAAAUGAGACAUGCAGCCAGAAGCUCCUUAGUUUGUUUUACAGCAUCACCAUGGGGAUUUUAUUAAGUGCCUGCCUUUGCUGUACAUCUCACUGUGCUAAGAGCUUCCUCUGACACUAAGGACAGUCACUGUCUGGCCUCCAGAAGAUUGAAGUUCAAGUCAGAGAGCGGUGAAGGCAGUAGGUGUAAGAAAAACUGGACACCGGAACCCAUACUGAACAAGGACAGAAACCUAAAGGGUAAAUGUAUCCGUCAUUCUCACCUGAAUAUGCAUGUCUGUCUUAGUAUUGGAUAUGGUCUAAGGUAUUUUGAAUAAUUAGCUUAAUUGUUGCUCUCUAAUAAUAAGUCUACUUGCUUAUGAAAAAGGAUAUGAAAAUGUCUGACGUUCUAAUGUUUAUUAUUUAUUUAACAUUUUUGAGGGCCUACUGUAUGCCGUUUACUAUGUGCUUGCUGCUGGACAUUAUGCCUUUAAUUAGUCUACUAUAUGUUAGUACUUUUACCACUUCCUAGGCAAUAAAAUACUUUAGAACAUGCUUACUCCAUUUUCUUCUCCACUGUUUUGUGUUAUUUUUGUCAUAUGUUUUCACCUACAGAUAUUUGAAAUCCUCCAAGACAUUACACUUAGUUUUUUGUUAUCAUCAUUUAUUCAGAAUUCUAUUUUUGUUGCUGCUCCUUUCUCUCUUUCCUUCCUUCUGUCCCCUGCUACUCAUUUUCUUUCAACUUGAGCUGUCUUUAGUAUUUCUUCUAGUGCAGCUCUUAGGGUGACAAAUUCUCCCAGGUUUGGGUAUGAAAAUGUCUUUAAUUCAUCAUCCUUUUUGAAGGAUAUUUAUUACUGUUUAUUGAAUUCUAGGUUUACAGUUACUUUCUUUUUAUACUUUAAAAAAUGUUGUUCCAUUAUUUUUUAUUGCUCCCAUCAUUUCUGUUGACAAAUCAGCUGUUAGUUAUUGAUAAUUUGCACUUUCUAUUUUGUUUCCACCAAGUUAAUUAUUCACAUUCAAAAGUGUAAUUUUCUUUGUAUUUAUUCUACUUGGGGCUCAUAGAACAUCUUAAAUCUUUGUCUUCAGUUUUUAUCAGUUUUAGAAAAUUCUUGGCCUUUAUCUCUCCCAAUAUGGUUCAGUCCCAUUUUCCAUUCUCUCCUUCAAAGAGACUCCUGUUAUAUGUAUUUUUGAUCUAUGCUUCAUAUGUCUCUUAGCUUCUCUACAUAUUUUCCAUUCUUUUGACUCUGUGCUUCAAUCUCAGCACUUUGCAAUGAUGUGCUUCAUGUUCAGUAAACUUUGUCCAUCUGUGGCCAAUUUGCUUCUAACCUCAUGGACUGAGUUCCUAAUUCCAGCUAUUCUACUUUUUAGUGUAGAAAUUCAAAAUUACUAUUAGUAGAUUCCAGUUCUCUGUCAAAAUUCUCCAUCUUGCAUCUAUUUUCUUGACUAUAUUCAUGUAGUUCUUUUAAAGUCUGUACCUCCUAACUCAAUAUCUGUAUCACUAGCUUUUUCUCUUGUUCCUGUAACCGGAUAUGUUUGGUAAUAUUUUAUUAUAUUCUGGACAUUUAUAUAAAAACUCAGGGGCUCUAGAAGAUGUUCCUUGCUAUAGAAAGAAUUUACUUUUGCUUUUGGCAGGCAGUUAGUUAAAGGGCAGAUCACUUUAACCCAAUCAGGAAUGAGUUAAUUUAAGGCUGAAUUUUAGUCUUUAUAAAGACCUGUCUAUUCCCGUUUCAUCAUUAUCUUUACAACCAUAACCCUUCAAGGGUCCCAAUUAAAAGCCUUGAGCUGGGCCUUUUCUCUUUGGCAAGCUCUAAAUUUCAAUUUCCCUUUUCCCCAGCCCCCAGGAAACUGACAAAAGCUCUGCUCAGCUUCUUACCUACCACUUCCUGCUUCAGGUCUCAGUGUUUCAGCCUGUACUGAUUUGGGCAAAUGCCUCAAGAAGGAAAAUAGUGCCAAAACUCAGAGUUACAUUGACCUUCUCUCUGGAAUCUCAGCUACUCAAGUGCUUUGGUAGCUCUUCCAUGACUUCAACAGAUUAAAAUGCAAUUUCUCCUUUUUAGUUAUUCUUGGCUGGAGACUUGUUCUGAUACAAACUAAUCAGUCAUAGCCAGAAGCCAGGAAUUUAAUUUUUAAGAAUUAUUUCCAAGAAAUCAUGGUAUCCAUAUAGAUUCCCCUGACCAGAGAGAUGUUUCUGGUUUUUUAAAAUCAGAACCCUUCUUAUUCUCUAAUUCCAUAAUUGCUAUCUAGUAUAAUUUCCUCAAUUAUGAGACAACUGAGUCUGAAAUAGAGGAAUGUACACCAGUCUCUAGUUGGUAAUGUGGGAAGCCACACAUCUAUAACUCCUGUCUAGCUUGAGUGCUCCCAGUGUCUUUUAUGUCUUCUUAUGGAACACUUACUGCAUUAUAUUGUAACCAUUUGUUUACUUCUCCAUCUCCUCUGCUAGACUGGGAGCUGGAACUCUGUUGUAUUUACCAUUAUAUUUUUAGUGUCUACCAUAGUAUUUAGCAUUUAGGAGGUAUUUAGCAAAGGCUUUUAGAAUAAAGGGCUCUUCUAGAUAAGGUUACUUAUAUAUAGAUGAAUAAUACCUUUAAAUUCUCAUUAGCAGUAGUUUGAAUUCAGAAAGGUUUUUUUUAACCCUGACUUUGCCCACAUUUUCGAUGAGUACCCUAUUUAGAAUCUGUGGAUUCCCAUGAAUUUUUAAUGCAUUCAGGGGAUUUUUGAGUUCUCUGGGCAUUGAGACAGUGGAUGACACUAAUGAUAAAGUACCAGAAGGGAAGAGACUGCUAACAUGGGUAACAUGGAAAUUUAAAAAUGGCUAUCAGGAGAUUAGUGCUCACCUUUACCAACAUCCCAGAUCUCUGAAUUUAAGGUUUGGAGUUGAGUAAAACAUACAACCAAACAAACAAGGACUGCAAUACUCUUGUGGAAUCACAGUCCAUCUAGCCCAGUGCUCUGGUCUGGCUCCAACAGGCCUCCCUCCAUACCAGUGCUUCCUUUACUUUUUAUUGGUUUAAGGCAUGCAUGGGAAGACUUGGGUUUCAUUUGAAUCAGGUAUAUAUUUUUGCUAUAUUAUUAAAAGUUAAAAUUACAGUUCUAUUAAAUUAUACUGUACUCAAAUUAUUCUGUAGGAACAAAUACCUGACCUACCUACUUUGCUUUCAUUCCAGAUGAUUGGAAUCCGAAUUCCACCAAAUGUGUAGUAAGUAUAUUUCUCUGUUUGACUUUAAAUUGGACUUAUUUAAAUGAAAGAUUUGGUUAACUGACAGCUGUCUCACUCUCUUCCAGGUUCAGAUCUUUCUUCAUGCUUUGCAUUUGGUGUUUCCAGUAAUUUGAACCAACAGAGCUGUUAGCAACAAUUGCAUGGGCUUUCUUUUACUGAUUUUCAUAUGUCUCAGAAACAUACCAUCCCAUGUUUAAAGGAUGGAAAUCCAAAGAAUUCUUAUAUUUAUUUCCUAACAUUGUUUAUCUGUGUUUCCUACCUAACAUGCCCAAAUCAAAGCCAUAUGGAAUGUCUUCUCCAAUCUUUGCUUGCUCCCAGUUUUAGAAAUAAAAAAUAUAUUUCUGAGUUUCCAGCUUUUGUUAAUGGUGGAAUAGCUUGAUCAUCCACAGGCAAUAAUGAUGACAUGUGGACAAUUUGAAAGUAUUGGAGAGUAACCAGAAGCAGGCAGUAAUAUGUGUAACCUUGAAAGACAACGAUGACAUUUAUUUAUGGGUUUUGUCUGAGAGCAUUCUUCAGGCUUGGGUCACAGACCCAACAGAAGGUGUCAAAGGAUGGAGUUCAAGGCCAACAAAAGAACUAAAAAAUUAGAGGGGAAAAUCCAUUAAAAAAAAAAUUACAUCUGAAGAAACAGGAAAAUGUGAUACUUCCUCAAGAGGGAAAAAUAGUCAGUAGAAACAGACCCUGAGAUAACUUGAUGUCACACCCAGCAGACAAUGACUUUAAAGUAGCUAUUAAAAAUAUGUUCAGAAAUUUAAAGGAAGACACACACAAUGAAUUUACAUAUGGAGAAUUUCGGCUGUGAAAUAGAAACUGUAAAAAAAAAAAAAAAAAAAAGCCUAAAUGGAAAUUCCAAAG